ACCAAAAGAAAAUAAGGGAUAUGAGACUACUCCUCAAUUGAGGAAAGCUCAUCUCCAUCCCUUGAAAAACUCUCCUAUUUCUCUCUUUCCAAAUGACCCACAUUAAAGAGAGAGCAGUAACAUUCCACGCCUUGAGCCUUCUUCUCCUAGCCCCACUCUUCCAACUGAACAUCAACUCUUUCACGGAUCUUGGCAUUACCCAAGAAACGCCAAACCAUCUAAAGAUUUCCCGCUAUAACCCCGUGGCUAGCUUGCAACGUAACAAAUUAUGAUCCACGUCCCCACCAUCCUCCUUACAUAGGAAACAGCAGCUUAAGUAGACAACCUUCCGUUUCCUAGGAUUCUCCGGGGAAAGUUGAAUCCAUAUUGAUAAUGGUGGGUCAACGCCCUUCUGAUUCGACGAGAAGCGCACUUCAACCUGUAAUGAAAGCAUUAAUUGGCAAUGAGCUUUUGAGCCAUAUGAACGAAGAUGUCAAAGUUUCAGUUGUCUCUUGUAUCACUGAACUUUGUAGAAUAACUGCCCCGCAGCACCCUUAUGAUAAUGAUAAACAAAUGAAGGAAAUUCUCCAGCAUACUGUAAUGGCAUUGAAAAAGUUAUCUGAUGUUUCUGGCCGCAGUUACUAUGCGGUGGUGAAAAUUCUUGAAAGUGUUGCUAAAUUAAGGGCCUGUGUGAUGUUAUUGGACCUUGAAUAUGACACUUUAGUUAUCGAGAUAUUCAAACUUUUCCUCGGGAUCAUCAGGCCCUAUCAUCCUCAUAAUGUAUUCACUAAGAUGGAGGAAAUCAUGACUCAGCUCAUAGAAGACAGUGAUGAACUCUCAGUAGAGCUUCUAUGGCCCCUUCUUGAUAGUGUCAAAAAGGAAAAUCAGAUUGCUUCACCAGUUUCAUCAAAAUUGGGGGAGAAAGUCCUGGAAGACUGUGCUGCCAUUGUUAAACCUUAUCUUGCAGAAGCCUUGAUGUCAAUGAGCUUAAAUCUUGAUGAUUGUGCUGAAAUUGUUGCCUCAAUAUGCAAUGAAAUUCCAAAAGGACAAGAAAUGAUGGCAAAUGAAAAUGCACCUGAUACUGUACAUCCUGUAAAAGUUGGUCCGUCCGAAGCUAAAUUUUUUGAGCCAGCACUGCAGGAUGACACUCACAGGGAGAAGCUAAAGGAUGCUUGUAGAACAAACAUCAUGAAACCUGACAAUCCAGAAGAUGUGCAACCAGCAACAAAUGCAGAAGUAGUUUCAAGGAGUAAUAAACUUACAGGUAGUAGUGGCCAGCGUUGUUCGGCAUCCAAAAAUCCUGAUAUUAUCAGUGGAAGUCAUGGUCAUUGGGGUCCACCCAAGAAAAAAGAGAGCCCGACAAAUGAGGAUGAUCACCUGGGUGUGUUAGUUCCAGCAGGAGAUGUGUCACAAUCCCAAGUCAAGAAAAAAGAUUCUCUUCAUUUAGGUCUCACCUCGGGAGAGAGAACCAAGGGCCCCCUAUGUGCCAAAAGAAAACGAGGAAGGGACUCAAGGAAGAUUGAGUCUGUUUCCAAUUGUGAUAGAGAGAGCAAAUCUGAAUUUAGCAUAAAAAAUGAAGAAGGAAACAUCAAGGAAAAGGAGCCAUCACUGCAACAAAUUGAUGGAAUGAAACAGCAGAACAACGAAUUUGCUAUUAAGAUACACAAUAUUGAAGAAUCUGGAGAUAAGGUUGACACCCGGACAGCUACUAAACUAUCAGACAGAGAUGAAAACCACUUAAACAAAUGUACUAAUUAUAAAUCCGGGAGGAAGUCGGCUACAGGGAAGCAUGAGGAUUCUAAAAGGCCUCGUACCAUUAAAGAUCAUGGUGAAGAACUGGUUGGCGCUAGAAUAAAAGUUUGGUGGCCAUUGGAUGAUGCGUUUUAUGAGGCAGUCAUUUCUUCUUUUGAUCCUGUGAAAAAGAAACAUAAGGUUGUAUAUGUUGAUGGUGUGGUAGCACACUUGACUCUACAAAAAGAACGAUGGGAGAUGCUUGAAGACAAUUCAUCUCAAAAGGUUGAUACGCACAGGAAGCAGCUAAAGGAUACUUCUGCUUCUGGAAUUAAACAGAAGAAGAAGAAGAAGAAAACUAAUAUUAAAGUGCACAAUAUUGAAGAAUCUGGAGAUAAGGACUCUAAAAGGCCUCGUACCAUCAAAGAUUACGGUGAAGAACUGGUUGGCGCUAGAAUAAAAGUUUGGUGGCCAUUGGAUGAAAAGUUUUACGAGGCAACCAUUUCUUCUUUUGAUCCUGUGAAAAGGAAACAUGAGGUUGUAUAUGUUGAUGGUGUGGUAGAACGCUUGACUCUACAUAAAGAACUAUGGGAGAUGCUUGAAGACAAUUCAUCUCAAAAGGUUGAUACGCACAGGAAGCAGCUAAAGGAUACUUCUUCUUCUGGAAUUAAACAGAAGAAGAAGAAGAAGAAAACUAAUAUUAAAGUGCACAAUAUUGAAGAACAUGGAGAUAAGGACUCUAAAAGGCCUCGUAUCAUCAAAGAUUACGGUGAAGAACUGGUUGGCGCUAGAAUAAAAGUUUGGUGGCCAUUGGAUGAAAAGUUUUACGAGGCAACCAUUUCUUCUUUUGAUCCUGUGAAAAGGAAACAUGAGGUUUUAUAUGUUGAUGGUAUUGUAGAAAUCUUGUCUCUACAUAAAGAACGAUGGGAGAUGCUUGAAGACAAUUCAUCUCAAAAGGACCAUGGAAUAGACUUUCAAGGCCUUGCUGUUUCAUCUGUUACGCUAAGUGAUACAACACCACCCCUGAAGACUUAUUUUAGAAGAAAGUGAGAAAGGGGAGACAGAUUUGGGAAGCAUUUGACCGAGUCCAAUUUCUUCAGAACUUUUCGAAGAGCAGGUGAGGUGAAACCAAUCAGCCAAAUCAAGAAGAAACAUCUCCUUGUUCCCUCCAGCAUGUCGCCACUAUCCAGCCCGCUAUCAUAUCAGACUUUACAGUUCGCUUAGUUGUUUGCUGUAAAAAGUAUGUAUCCUCUAUAUAUCUAGUUAGGAUUAGUCUUUGGGGCAUUUAAUGUGAGUAUGUUUUGAUAGUUGUAUCUGGGGGUUUUGUCCACUCCAUUCGGACAGAUUAAUUGGUUGUAAAUUGUGUUUUAAGAUUCUUGCACAAUAUAUAUUGCCAAUAGAACAGAGUCUGCUGGUAGCAUUUA